UCACGACGACCACCAACGACCGACGACGCAGUGCGACGCUCCAAACACCCUUGACAUCGUUUGAUACGAUCCCCCCUUUAAAGCCAUGUCUGAACCCUAUGAUCCUUACCUUCCCCGUGGCGGUUCUUCCUCGAACCCGGCUGGCAGCGCGGGCGCGGGCAACGCCAAGACGGCUGCUAUCCAGCAGCAGAUUGACGACACCGUUGGUAUCAUGCGCGAGAACAUUACCAAAGUAGCGGAGCGAGGCGAGCGGUUGGAUCAGCUCCAAGACAAAACAGACAACCUCGCCGUGUCUGCACAAGGCUUCCGCAGGGGAGCCAACCGUGUACGCAAGAAUAUGUGGUGGAAGGAUAUGAAGAUGCGCAUCAUCAUCGGCGUCGCCAUUGCCAUCAUCAUUAUUAUCAUCGUCGUCUCCGUCGUGAAAGCGACCCACCAUUGAUCGCCACCUCUCUCUCGUAUCUUGGCCCUUGGACACCGUUCUGUCACGUCACGACCUGAUGCUCCGUCUGUCUUGUGUGUGAUGUGUUGUAUACAUGAUACUUAUCUAUGCACGUACUACUAUAAUUCCUGUUUCUACUGGGUACGGCUGAAGCGGACUACUUUUCCCAUUCCUCCAUCCCU